AUGGGUUGUGAGAAUGGCAGCAAAAUCUCCGAGUUCAUCCUGCUGGGCUUGUCGUCCCGCCCGGGCCCUCAGCCCUUCCUUGUCCUCCUCUUCCUCCCGCUCUACGUGGCCGGCGUUCUGGGCAACUCCCUGAUGGUGGCUCUCACCACAGCGGACCCCCGGUUCCACAGCCCCAUGUACUCCCUCCUCCGCAGCCUGUCGCGGGUGGAUGUGGGCCUGCUCGCGGUCCCCGUGCCCCAGGCGCUGGCCCACGCUCCCUCCGGCCGCCGGGCCGGGCCCUUCCACACCUGCCUGGCCCAGUUCUUCUUCUUCUACCUCUUCGGCAUCUCCGACACGUUGCUCUUGGCAGCCACGGCUCUGGACCACUACGUGGCCAUCUGCGACCUGCCUGCACUACCUGGCCGUGAUGGGCUGCUGCUGUGACUCAGCCACCGGGGCGGGAACCGGCUGCCCCACGUCUUCUGUGACCACCAGCCCCUGCUGCACCUCUCCUGCUCCCCGACACGGGUCAGCGAGGCGGCCAUCUUCUUCGACUGCAGCCUGGUCAUCUUGGGGCCCUUCAUCUUCAGCAGCUCCCACCUCACCAUGGUGGCUUUGUUCUGCGGGGCCAUUGUUGGGGUCUACUUCCAGCUUGGGGCCAGCUACUCGCCCCCCAACCCUCCCCCGGGGGACCGUCUUCUCCGUCAUAUCUCUGGGGGGUUGCGCAGCUUCCCUACCCCUUUCUGCCCUGGGAACAGCACUCAGCUCCCAGAGCCCCCCACCUCCAGCUCAGCACAGCAGGGCCUGGAGACCCCCAGUGGCCCUAAGCACCUGAACCUGCCUGGGUCCCGCCGAGGGAGUCACACCCACCGCUGA